AAGGCUAGAAGAGAGCAUUAUGAUGAUAUAAUCUGAUCUCCCGCAUAACACAGGCCAAGUGACUCCUGUCUCAGGUUCCUAUCUUCUGGUUGAACUAGAGUAUGUCUUUUAGAAAGAUAUCCAGUCUCUGGAUUUAAAGACUUCAAGUGAUGGAGAUCCACUACAUCCCUUGAGUUAAACGACUGUAAGUCAGAGAGAGCUUCCACAAUCCAAACAGAUGACGAUCAAUUGAUAAAUCAACCCAGAGUUUUACCAUACUUUAAAGCAGCGGAAAGAAUGUCGGCGCGGGCCGCGGGUGACGUCAGAGGGGAACAGCGCAGAGCGGCGGCGGCCAGGCAGCGGCGGCGGCGGCCCCGGCACGGAGGAGGAGGAGGAGAGAGCGGCCCCGGCCCCUCCGCCACCACAGCGGCAAUGGCGACCGUCGGAGAGCGCAGGUCCCUGCCCAGCCCGGAGGCGAUGCUGGGGCAGCCCUGGAGCCACUGGGUCGAUGCUGCUAAACUUCACGGAAACGAUGGAACAGCAUUGGAAGAAAGUUUCAAGGAGUAUGGGAAAAAUCGAGAAGCGAUGCGACUCUGUAGAGAAGAUAUGCCAAUAUUUGGUCUUUGCCCGGCUCAUGAUGAUUUCUAUUUGGUGAUGUGUAACCACUGUAAUCAGGUCGUAAAACCACAGGCAUUUCAAUCACAUUAUGAAAGAAGACACAGCUCCUCCAGCAAGCCGCCUUUGACCCCUCCCUCCUCUUCAGUAUUUUCCCUCUUUUCAUCUUUGUCUUCAAAGAGCAAAGGUAGCAGUGGAAGUGGGAGCAAUCGCUCAUCCAGUGGAGGUACUAGUGCAUCAUCAUCCAAUUCCAAGUUGUUGAAAUCACCCAAAGACAAGCUGCAGAUCGGUGGAAACAAUAGGUUACUGCAUCCGGCACAACAUAGCAAAGUUCCCCACGAUAAAAUCAUGACUCCAUCUGUCAAAGUGGAAAAGAUUCAUCCAAAGAUAGAUGGUGCACUAUUGAAAACUGCUGUUGGUCCAACUUGUUCUACUACUGUGAGUUCCUCAAUAAAGACUGGCCUUAAUUGUCCCUCAAUACCAAAGCCACCUUUGCCUUCCCCUGGACAGAUACUGAUUGGUAAAGGUCUUCUCUCUGUGCCUCCAUUUUUGGAAAAGAAACCAGAAGAUAGUACAAAUAAUAGGAAAUUCUUACAUAAAAGAUUGUCAGAGAGAGAGUUUGAUCCUGAUAUAUACUGUGGCGUCAUUGAUGUGGAAACCAAGAAACCCUGUACUAGGUCUUUGACAUGCAAGACACAUUCCUUAACCCAGCGGAGGGCUGUACAGGGUCGAAGAAAACGAUUUGAUUUGUUAUUAGCGGAGCACAAAAGCAAAACCAGGGAAAAGGAAUUGCUUCGACAUUCGGAUCAUCAUCAGCAGAUGCCCCCUCUCAGGGAACCACAUCCCUCACCUUCUAAAACUUCCCAGGAGCUGCACCAAAAUUCUCAUGGACUUAUUCCUACAGAAUCAAAGCCUUUAGUACCUAAUAAACCCAAACCUCACCCCCCCAGUCUUCCAAGGCCUCCAGGCUGUCCAACCCAGCACAGCGGAAAUGCCCCUAGUGACUCUCUUGCGGUCCAUGAAUCUCCACACCCUCCGUUGCCUGCAGCUGAGCCAGCAUCCCGUUUAUCCAGCGAUGAGGGAGAGUGUGAUGAAAAAGAAGAACAUGUUGAAAAACUGGAUUGUCGUUAUUCAGGUCAUCAUCCUCAGCCAGCCGCUUUUUGCACAUUUGGGAGCCGGCAAAUUGGAAGAGGUUAUUACGUGUUUGAUAAGCGGUGGAACCAUAUCCGAUGUGCACUUAACUUCAUGGUGGACAAGCAUCUUAAUUCACAGAUGUGGAAGAAAAUUCCCCCAGCAUCUAGCAACACGGCGUCUGUUCGUGCUCCGCAUUGGACAAACUCAAUGCCUGCGUCACAGUAUGGUGUCAGUGCUGCAGGUUUCCUUUUACCCACCACGGUUAUGUCAUCACCAACAUUGGUUUCUCCUUCCUGUGUGUCUCUUAAUAGUAAAUCAGUCCCAUCACAUGGAACUACACUAAAUGCCAAUCCUUCUAAUCUGGGUGCAAUGGACCCUGUCUGCAGUAUGCAAUCAAGACAAGUGUCUUCGUCCCCUUCAACACCUACAGUGCUUUCCUCAGUACCUUCACCUAUGCUCAGCAAACCUCAGAAAUUGAAAUCCAGCAAGUCUUUUAAACCUAAGGAAUCUUCUGCUAGCAGCGCCAACUGUAACAGUACCAGUAGCAACAGUAGCAGCGGCGGCUCAGGAAAGAAGCGUAAAAACAGUUCCGCACUGCUAGCACCUUCGUCUCAUUCCACAGAGUCCUUUAGGAAAAACUGUGUGGCUAACUCUGGGACCUCUUAUCAUUCAUCGAUGACAUCUUCGUCGCACAGUGUUGGCCUCAAUUGUAUGACAAGCAAAGCUAACUCUGGUAGCCUCAAACAUGACCAAUCAGGGAGGGGCCCUCCUACUGGAAGCCCUGCAGAAUCGAUAAAAAGAAUGAGUGUGAUGAUGAACAGUAGUGAUUCCACUCUUUCCUUAGGGCCAUUUGUUCAUCAGGCCAGUGAACUGACUGUAAAUUCACACAGCAGUUUUUCACAUGCACACACUUCCCUGGACAAAUUCAUAGGAAAGAAAAGAAAGUGCUCACCUGGUUCAAGCAGCAUAAACAGCAGCAAAUCAAACAAGGUUGCCAAAUUGCCAUCGGUGAACAAUGUUCAUGCAAAACACACCAGUGCAAUCACAGGGACACAGGGACUGAUGAACAAUUCUCUUCUUCAUCAGCCAAAGGCACGUCCUUGAUAGCUGAAUAUGCCGUGGUGAGAAAAGAACUGGACAACGUUCACUAUAAGCAAAACCUCCAUCUGGAAUUCUGGACUCCAAGAUGCCUUUGAGUUAUCCCAGCUUUCCAUGGUCCUCAGGUGUGGAAAUCUACUGGACUGUCAUUCAAACAAGGAAUUUCCCUGAAGCCAUGUCUGUAGCAGUGAAUAUUGUAAAUGGACACUGGAUGGAAGUUCAGCCACGUAAUUGCUCUUACCAGUGUUAACAGUGGUCUGGACUGCUUGCUACAAAUCUGUGAGAUGUUACCUACGGGAGUACAUCAUCUUGCCACUAUUUGACAUAGAUUGGCUGGCAAAAGAAUGUUUGGGGACAACCAUUACUGUGGACUCUUUUUAUGCUGGUGGUGUCUUUUGUAGGUUAUUAGCCACCCGAUAGGCGCUGUCAAUUGAAAGAAACCCUCCAGUGGGGGUACAAUGUGUUAGGCACAAUGAAAAGAAGCCCUCAAGAAGGGAAUAUGGCUUUAGUGUUUUUAUAGCAGUGUUCCUUUAAUGGAACACAAAAAUAGCACAAUUCAGAAACUAAAUAGUCUGUGUUUUGCCCAGCCUUUUGCAAGUAAUUUGGGAUAAGAAGCUGUCAGGAGUUUCAAAAACUUUUAAAAACUUGUUUGAGGCCAUCGUUCAAAAAACAAAUAUAAAAAUAAUGUUGUACUUGCCUGAUGGA